GUUUAUUUCCGUUCAAAAACAGAGUUUAAAGCUACAGCCAUGUUCAAAGAGUCAUGAAACGAAGUGCCAGAUAGCGAGAAGAUCCAAAUUCAUUCCUCAUAAUGACUCCAACGGUGAAGAAAAUGUCUUCUCAGGAAAAUGAUCACUUAAAUAACGGCUUCAGAGAAAAAGAUGCAGGCUGUCAACCCAGAUCAGAGACCGAGGACGAACCUUUACUUCGAGAGAACCCUCGACGGUUCGUCGUCUUCCCCAUCCAGUACCCGGAUAUCUGGAAGAUGUACAAGCAGGCACAGGCCUCUUUCUGGACGGUGGAGGAGGUUGAUCUAUCCAAAGACUUGGUACACUGGGACCGUCUGAAGCCUGAGGAAAAACACUUUGUCUCGCAUGUCUUAGCCUUCUUUGCUGCCAGUGAUGGCAUUGUCAAUGAGAACCUGGUGCAGAGGUUCAGCCAGGAGGUGCAGAUCCCAGAAGCGCGAUCCUUCUACAGCUUCCAGAUCCUCAUAGAGACUGUUCACUCAGAGAUGUACAGUAUGCUCAUCAACACUUACAUCAGAGACCUGAAGGAGAGGGACUAUUUAUUCAACGCCAUUCAGACCAUGCCUUGUGUGCAACAAAAAGCAGACUGGGCCCUCCAGUGGAUAAAUGACAACAAAUCCACAUUUGGGGAGCGACUUGUGGCUUUCGCAGCUGUGGAGGGCAUCUUCUUCUCUGGCUCAUUUGCUGCCAUCUAUUGGCUAAAGAAGAGAGGCCUCAUGCCUGGCCUUACCUACUCCAAUGAGCUGAUCAGCAGAGAUGAGGGUCUGCACUGUAACUUUGCCUGCCUUCUGUACAGCUACCUGGUGAAAAAGCCCUCAGAGGACCGAGUCAAGGAUAUCAUUACCAAAGCUGUCCACAUUGAGCAGGAGUUUUUGACAGAGGCCCUUCCAGUUGACCUAAUUGGAAUCAAUUGUCCUCUGAUGAAGCAGUAUAUUGAGUUUGUUGCUGACCGCCUUCUCACCGAUCUUGGACUGGCCAAGAUUUACAAAGCUGAAAAUCCAUUUGACUUCAUGGAGUCCAUCUCAUUAGAGGGGAAAACGAACUUCUUUGAGAAAAGGGUAGCAGAGUAUCAGAGAUUUGGAGUGAUGUCAAACGUGAUGGGCGGUGAAUUCACCCUGGAUGCAGACUUCUGAAAUUGAGAUGAUGCUCAGUUACAUAUUUGUUACAUUUGAUUGUUUUAUUUGCUUUUGUUAAAGCAGACAUUGACAAAUAGGCUCAGUUCUUGUCUCAGCAAUAUCCUUAUACUUCAUAGGUUACAGUUAUACAAGUUGCCUGUUUAUAAAUGGUAUGGUGAACAAAUCACUCUCAAAUCCUGACCUGUGGCUUUUUCAAAUUUGACAUACUGCAGCAAGGCACUUAUCUCUUUGGUUUACCUUAUUGUAUUAAGUUUGGGUAGGGGGGGGGGGGGUAUUGUACAGCACUUCUUGGACACUUAAAGGUGAUUGUUUUUGUUUUGUUUUUCCCUUAAGAUGUAAAGAAUAAUUAUAUUAUUUUGUGUGCUCACUUUUAUGGCAAAAUAUUAUUUAUUCGUAGUUUUAAUUGGUCAAUAAAAUUUUGUAAACAUUUA